AUGGCAGUCACUAUUAAACUUGCGAAUGGCAAUCAACAUACAGUUGAGGUGCCAGAUUUCAGCAUCACAGUUGCAGAGUUUAAAAAGCAAAUAGCGGAAACGCUAGAAAUCCCAGCCAGUGAGCAGCGAAUCAUUAUGCGAGGAAAAGUGUUGAAGGAUGAUGGUGUGCUUUCAGCAAUUGGCAUGGAGGACGGAAACGUUAUACACGUCGUGCGGAGCAAGAAGAGUGCAGCUGUGCCCUCAACGACGAAUGCUUCAAGCACCCUGGCUGCCAGCGAUCCUACUUCGUCGCCGAAUGUACAGCCGUCCACUACCACACCCGCCCAACCUGCACCGGCGCCGGCUGCUGCAAAUCCAUACGCAGCUCUGAUGAGCAACUUUGGUUUACCGCAAACACAGCAGCCUGUUGCCGGUGCUGCUGGGUUUCCUGCCGCUGGGAACCCUUUUGCAAGCAUGGGUACGGGAAUGGGCAUGGGGAGUGCAAUGGGGGGAGGUGUCAACCCCACACCACAGCAGGCUAUGGAACUGAUGCAGAAUCCGAUGAUGCAGCAAAUGAUGCAACAUGCACUCAGCAACCCCCAGUUUAUGCAGUACAUUAUGCAAAACUCUCCCCAGCUGGCGGGCCUGCCACAGGACCAACAACAAGCUAUUAUUGAAAUGAUGCGAAAUCCUUACAUGAUGCAGCAGGCAAUGGCAAUGAUGGGAAGCUUAGGAGGUGCUGGCGGUGUGCCACCGGCAACUUCGCAGGCUGCUUCGACUCCAGCCCUAGGAGCUGGUUUCAACCCUGCAAUGUUUGCACCUCCUGUUCCAGAAGGUAAUCCACGGGAGGUUUAUCGCGAGCAACUGCAGCUGCUGCGAGAUAUGGGUUUUCCCAAUGAGGAAGCGAACAUUGCUGCUCUUCAGCAGGCUCAGGGCAAUGUUCAGUUCGCAUUGGAGCGGCUUCUUGGUGCAUGA